GGCGAAAUGCUUCCUUGGCAUUGCGACGGCAAAUUCAGGACUCUACGGAAGAAACUAGAUAAAAUAUAUCCUUCAAUCCCACAACAUAGAAGACUAAGAAUAAAUUAUCAACACUCUAAGCUUCGGAUCUCCCCUCACGUAAAUGACAGACAAUCCACCACUUGCUCGUAGAGCUCAAAAACCGGGAAUUCCCCAGCAACCAGACGACGAACCAUCACCGGAAGAUAUUCAACUACAAAAUACGGAUCUCGAACGGACAGGAUCGGCAAAUGGGUCCGCCUCGGUCUUCUCGAAAUGGCAGAAGCGUUGGAUCUCGCUGAUGGCGUCGUUCGCGUCAAUGUUCUCGACCCUAAGUAGUUUUGUCUACCUUCCGGCACUUACGCCGAUAUCGAACGCGCUCAACGUAUCUCUGACACUCAUGAAUCUGACUGUAACGUCUUACAUGAUUGUUGCUGGAAUUGCUCCCGCGUUCAUGGGCGACAUCGCUGAUAAGAGCGGGCGCAAACCCGUGUACAUCCUCCUGUUCGUCCUUAUGCUAGGCGCAAACUUGGGGAUGGCCUGUGUGAACAAAUGGAGCGUCUUGCUUGUCCUCAGGAUGCUGCUGAGUGCCGGGGCCUCGGGCACAGUGGGUGCCGCCUACGGUGUCAUUGCAGACAUUACCACUGUUGGAGAGAGGGGAUCUUUCAUUGGGACCAUUUUCCUCUUUACAACCAUGGCGCCAACCUUAGGACCAGUGCUUGGGGGAAUUAUGGCAGACAAACUUGGGUGGCGCUGGAUUUUCUGGUUCCUCUCGAUUCUUACUGGCUUCACUCUGCUGACGCUCGUCCUAUUUCUCCCCGAAACGCAGAGAAGAAUAGUAGGCGACGGGAGCAGGCCAGCAAAAGGAAUAUAUUGGAGUUUACUGUCUCCCAAGGGUGAUGCGAGGGGGACCCUGCAACAAAACCAGCGUCACCGGGAGCCGGGCACGAGGAGAUGCCGAUUUCCCAAUCCCCUCACGUCUCUCUCGGUGCUUGCACACAAAGGCUCUCUCUUCACUAUUAUGAUCGGAGCCUUAGCAUACGUCAAUUUCAUGACGCUCCAGACCUCUCUAGCAUCGCUGACCAUCGAAAUUUACGAUCUCGACUACCUCCAGGCCGGGCUGAUUUACUUGCCGGCCGGAGUAUCGGCGGCAAUCUUUGCCAAGCUCACUGGGAGGUAUCUUGAUUGGAAUUUCCGUCGCGCUCAUCGCAGGUUCGGCGCAGAAGACGUGGGUGUUCGGCAUCUGCACGAGAUCGAGGGCUUCCCAAUUGAGGAGACGCGAUUGCAGGGCGCGUAUGUGGCAACUGUUCUAAGCGCCCUUGCAACAGUUGGCUAUGGACUGAUCGCCCAAUUCAAGACCCACAUCGCAUCGAUGUUGGCAAUGCAAGUUCUCGCCGGAGCCACAGGAGCCACCCUCUUCACGAUCACGGCGACGCUCCUCACGGAUUACAAUGCUCAUCGAUCGGCGACCGCCCAGGCGGCGUCCAACCUAGUGCGCUGCUUGGGCGCGGGGGCGGGAACGGCGUCAUUCAACCCUCUGAUGCGCGUGAUUGGGCCCGGCUGGACAUUUGGGAUUUACGCCAUCCUGGUGCUGUUUCAGACGCCCUUAAUCUGGGGAUUGAAGACACACGGCGUGGCCUGGAGGAAGAGGUGAGAGGCGGAGAGGCUUCAGAAG